AUGACGAACUAUAAACAGGCCAAACCUGUGAGCAUCACAUUACCUAACGGGUUGGAGUACGAGCAACCAACCGGUCUUUUUAUUGGGAAUGAAUUUGUGGAAGCACAGUCUGGUGAUACCCGUGAAGUAGAGAACCCUUCAACCAAUGAAAAGCUAGCCGAUAUCGCCGCUGGUGAUGAAAGGGAUGUAGACUAUGCUGUUGAGAUUGCCGAAAAGGCUUUCUACAGUGAGUGGUCUACUCAGGAUCCAAAGAAAAGGGCGGUUCAUCUUUACAAGUUGGCAGAUCUGAUCGAAGAAAGUAUCGAUCUUAUCAAAUCCAUUGAGACCGCUGACAAUGGUAAAACAUUAGCACUAUCAGAAGGUGAUGUGUUACUCUCCAUUAACUGUCUUAGAGAUGCAGCUGCGUAUGCGGACAAAAUAGAUGGCAGGGUUGUCAAUUCGGGCGAUACUCAUGUAAAUUUCACGACCCAUCAUCCUGUUGGGGUUUGUGGUCAAAUCAUUCCAUGGAAUUUUCCAUUAAUGAUGAUGAUUUGGAAGAUCGCGCCAGCUCUAGCAAUGGGGAACACAGUAAUUCUAAAGCCCGCCUCUGUUACCCCAUUGAAUGCACUUUUCGUAGCAUCUCUGAUAAAAAAGGCUGGAUUUCCAAGUGGUGUAAUUAAUAUUUUGACUGGUUCCGGUAGUAAAGUUGGCUCUGCAAUCACUAACCACAAGAGGAUAAGAAAGGUUGCCUUUACCGGUUCCACAUCUGUUGGCAGAAGUACUGCUGUUGAUGCAGCGAAGGCUAAUUUGAAAAAAGUUACCAUGGAACUUGGAGGAAAAUCUGCUCAUUUAGUUUUUGACGAUGUUGAUGUCGAAGAAACUGUACCAAAUUUGGUCACUGGUAUUCUUGCAAAUGCUGGCCAAGUCUGCAGUGCAGGAUCGCGUAUAUACGUACAAGAGGGGAUAUACGAUAAAAUCAUCAAAGGUUUCAAGGAAUAUGUUGAGACAAAGGUAAAAAUAGGAGAUCCGUUCGAUACUAGUAACUUCCAAGGAGCCAUCACAAACAAACAGCAGUAUGAGACUAUCCAAGAGUACAUUAAAUUAGGGAAAGAAGAGGGUGCCAAAAUAUUUGGUGGAGAAAGCAUCGGUGGUAAAGGAUACUUUAUUUCACCAACAGUUUUUUACGAUACCAAUGAGGAUAUGAGAAUUGUUAAGGAAGAGAUUUUCGGCCCUGUAGUUGUCAUUUCUAAAUUCAAGACUCUGGAAGAAGCUGUAAAGUUAGCCAACGACUCUGAGUAUGGUCUAGCUUCAGCCGUAGAAACUAAAAAUUUGUCUACAGCCAUGAAAGUCGCCAGGCAGUUGGAAGCAGGCACAGUUUGGAUCAACACCUACAACGACUUUGAUUCACGCCUACCAUUCGGAGGUUUCAAGCAAAGUGGUUACGGUAGAGAAAUGGGUAAAGAAGUGUACGAAGGUUAUACUAACGUUAAGACUGUGAGGAUUAAGUUGUAG